AUGAACGAAUCUAUUUGUAAGGGGUUUAGGUAUAGCCUAUCCAUCUUGGACAUGAAAGAUUUACGAUCGACGUACAUCGCCAAUUGUAUUUUCAACAAUUUAUCUACCUAUUCCGCCAUCAUGUUGAACAUUUUGACAAUCUACGCGGUGCGAAAAACGACGUCGCUACCCAAGACGUUGAGAACAUUGCUGCUGAGUCUUGCUGUUUCUGACAUUGGUGUUGGUUUCAUUGUUCAACCAUUUUACACGUCAUUCCUUGUCAAGUGGUUACAACUGAACGAUCCAAAAUGCAGCACAUACAAGGCCUUCGUGGUAAUUGGUCUUACAUUUUCUCAAGCUUCGUUCCUGAGUGUUGUCGCUGUGAGUGUAGACAGGUUCUUAGCUGUUCAUCUGCAUCUCAGAUACCAGGAACUUGUGACUCACAAGCGUGUUGUUACUGUGGUGAUCUCAAUUUGGGUAUUAAAUGCAUUCGUUUCCUUGAUGGUAUUGUGGGCCUCUUUAGAUACUAUUAGGUUAAUUGUUGCAGUUACUGGAGCUUUUGGUUUCAUUGUCACUAUUGUGCUGUAUAUCAGGAUUUAUUUCAUUGCACGGCGACACAAAAAUCAGAUUCAGUCCUUACAAAUACGACGAGUGGAACAAACUUCCGAAAUGGCUCGUUUUACAAAACUAGUUCAUUCAGCUGUCAGUGUCUUUUACGUGUACAUUUUGUUACUAGCAUGUUAUUCGCCCUUUGUAAUCUGCAUGGGGAUUGAAAAUUCAAGUGUCGUCGCAAAGAGAUUUUUGGCAGUAUCUUUGACGUUAUUGUUUCUCAACUCGUCCCUGAACCCUAUAAUUUACUGCUGGAGGAUGAGAAACAUAAGACACUCAAUCAUAAACGUUCUGCGGAACAUGUCUCGGAACCGAAAUCGCAUUUCACACUCAUAA